CACUUCUAUGACACUCCAAGCAUUGAGAUUUGCAGCACUUCAUGAGGCAGACAAAACUGGUGUCCCCGUUUUGCUGAUUUGGAGACUGUAGCCCAGAGAGUUUAGUGACUUGCUCAGAAUCACAUGACUGAGAAAGGAUUCAAGAUGACCAACGAGGAACCUCUUCCCAAAAAGGUUCGACUGAGUGAGACAGACUUCAAAGUUAUGGCACGAGAUGAGUUAAUUUUAAGAUGGAAACAGUACGAAGCAUAUGUACAAGCUUUGGAGGGCAAGUACACAGAUUUGAACUCGAAUGAUGUAACUGGCUUAAGGGAGUCGGAAGAAAAACUAAAGCAACAACAGCAAGAGUCUGCACGCAGGGAAAACAUCCUUGUAAUGCGACUAGCAACCAAGGAGCAAGAGAUGCAAGAGUGUACUACUCAAAUCCAGUACCUCAAGCAAGUCCAGCAGCCCAGUGUCGCCCAACUGAGAUCAACAAUGGUGGACCCCGCAAUCAACUUGUUUUUCCUAAAAAUGAAAGGUGAACUGGAACAGACUAAAGACAAACUGGAACAAGCCCAAAAUGAACUGAGUGCCUGGAAGUUUACGCCUGAUAGAGGCCUGAUGGCGUCGGACUAAUCCGAAGAAGUGGCCACCUCCGAAAAAUCCCCCUUCUAGAACAUGUAGACACUUGAGAAAUGUUUCUGUUUGAAGAAAAUAGAGGGAGAAACAGAAGUCUUAAGUCUGUGGCACACUGUGUCUUCAGACAGUUUGAAGGAAUGAAAACCUAGAGAUUUAAAAUCAUGAAUUGAACAUGUAAAAUUCCAGUAAAAUGUAAAAAUGGAAUAUGCAUCGCUCUUAACCUUGAGCAUAGUGACUUAGAGACACUGUGUAUCAGUUUUGCCAAUAAGACUGUGGACUUCGUGAUGUCGUUGAACUUCUUGGUCAAAACUCCAAUGAGGUGAAUUUUGCCUUUAAAGGGUUUAUUUGCUAAGAAACAACUUAAUAGUUACAAGAGAAUCAAAUAAUAGAUACCAGUACAAGUAGUUCAUUAUUUAACCAUUUAGUUUGGGGCUCUAUAUUACUAGAAUGAGCCUUAAAUCAAUGUGGUUUUCAUUAAUGGUUUGUUCUUUGAAUGGUUGCUAAUACUGUAGAUAAACUUACUGAGGACUGUACAAACAUGAAGGUGUGGUAUCAAACUUCAGGUUUAAACUGUUUGAAGCAUUAUAAACAUUCAUUUCACAACUAGAUUGUAUAAGGAUAUUGGCUGUGAUGAGACUCACUGCGUUAUUUUUUUAGUAGUGAAAUUUAUUAAAUCCCCAUUCCAUUCAGUAGGCACAUGUUGAAAGAGCAUUGUCAUUGGUGUUAAUGGGGGAAUGUGUUCCUUCAUUGUACUUGGGCCUUUUGUAUCACACUCUUGAUAUUAAAUUAAAUGUGCCUUGAAAUAGUUGUUUUUUUUUUUUUUUUAAGUUCAAGGAAUACUAUGAUGAUUUUGUUGUACUCUUAACAUUUUGAUUUGGGGGGCGCUGUGGAGAGCAGAUUGAUUUUGGAAAAAUUGUUGCUGUGCUCUUCAAAGGAAAGGAAAAGGCCGUGCCUCUGUUUUCCAGCUGGCAUCAUAAAAGACAAGGAGACUUGACACUUGUUACUUUUUGACGCCUUGUCCCAGGAUAUUGAAGUAGAAAUUAAUGUGGGACAGCUUCACAGGGUGCCUGCCAGAAGACUGGGGAAAUUAUGUAUUGGAACUGUGGGCUGGCCUAAGUGAGACCUUUUGUGACUUGAAAAAAAAAAAAAAAGGUAUAGUGAUCAUUUCUAGCAAACUCAUUUGAUCAUUUAGAUAAAUGAGGCAUUUUCUUCAUGCUUCCAUCCAGUCCUGGAGGUGAAUUUUUUUCUUCAGAUCAUUCUAUAAGUCACCAAUUCGAAUUUUCUCUUGGUGAUAAUGGAGUCUAAGAUGAGUGGAAGAUAAAUGUUCCAGAUUGUCCCAACGUUUAAGUGCAGUUUUAACAAGGGUGACUUAAGUUCUCUCUUAAUCAUUCAAAUCAAUUGUAAGUAUCAUGUAUGUUUAUGCUUUAGGGAACUGAUUGUGGGGCAGAGGGUGGGCUGAAUAAGUGGUUUGUGUGACUUUGCAGCAAGAAAUCCCCUUCUGAAAUUCUCAUUAUUUGUGGGGGUUGGAGGGUAAGUAACCACAUCUGUUCAAAAUUAGCUUAUUGUGCUCACAUUAAGGCUUUUGUACGUGUUUUAUGCCAUUUAAGAUCAUAGUAGAAAUGACCUUAAUAUUUUUACUAGGUCAAGAAAUAAUAUAUAAAAUGUGUAAUUAACAUGUACCUCAAUGUAGCCAGCACUGUUCUUUGCAUCUAGGUAACUAGUCACUUCAGGGUCUACGUUUUUUUUAUUCUUACUGUUAAAUUUUUUUUAAUUAAUGAGAUAAUACACGAUCAUGAGUAAAAUUGAAACAGCAUGAAAAAAGGUGAAGACGAAAAGUGAGAGUCACUCCUCGAUGUGACCUUGCCUUUCCCCAUGUUCUUCUUCA